CUUCAGGUUCUUUUUUUUUUUUUUUACUCUCUUCUUCGCAUAUCAACCAAAAUUCUUUCCGCUGAUUAAUCACAAAAGGAAAAAAGAUAAUAUUAAGAACAACAAAACUUGAAGCUCGAUGGACGAUGAUGAGAAUGGAGGGGUGGAAUCCGGAGACGAGAUCGAAUCGACCUCGCCGCGAGAUGGAAACGCCGUCAUUCAAGAGAUAUUGAAGGUGAUCGGAUCCGUCGCCCAGUUGGGAGAUUACCGGAGAAGCCACCGGAAAGAAUGUAUGGCCCUCGUCCGGCGGAUCAAAACGUUCCUCCCUUUCCUGGAGGAGAUUCGGGACCUCGAAACGCCCAUCACCGACGAAGGGAUCGAAUGCUUGAAGAAUCUGAAAACUACAAUCGUCAUGGCCAAGAAGCUCCUCAGAACUUGCAAUGAAGGAAGCAAGAUUUACCUGGCUGUGGAGAGCGAGGCCGUGAUGGUGGGAUUUCGAGCUGUGCAGGACAAACUGUUCAAUGCCCUGGAAUCUGUACCGUAUGAAGAACUCGGGAUAUCCGACGAGGUGAGGGAGCAGAUCGACCUUAUGCGAGCACAAUUGAAACGGGCACAGCGCAGGACGGACACGCAGGACAUGGAGCUAGCGAUGGAUUUAAUGGUGGUGUUGUCGGACAACGACGAGUUGAAUUCCGACUGUGCCAUAAUCAAGAGAAUAGCUGGGAAGCUGGAUCUCCAUGACGUCGAGAGCGUGACGAACGAGACGAUCGCUGUGAGGAACUUGGUGAGGGAGAAAGGCGGAGGAGGCGGGGCCCUGGCUCCUAGCCAGGAAACUGUGCAGAAAAUCGUCGACAUUCUCAACAACAUCAGGAAGAUUGUGGGAUUAGAAGCGACUUCUGAUUUCGAUUGCCAUGGUGGUGGCGGCCCUGCCACCAAAUCGCUCGCCAAGAGUCCGUCUCUCGUCAUCCCUCACGAUUUCCUCUGCCCGAUCACGCUCGAGAUCAUGACAGAUCCCGUCCUCAUUGCUUCUGGCCAGACAUACGAAAGGGAGAGCAUCCAGAAAUGGUUCGACGCGGACCACAAGACGUGUCCCAAGACAAGACAAACGCUGGAGCAGCUUUCCAUGGCGCCAAACUGCGCUUUGAAAAGCCUAAUCAUCGAAUGGUGCGAGAAGAACAACUUCAAGCUCCCCAAGAAGGAAUCCUAUCUCGCCAUUGGAGAACUCUCCACCUGCAGAGGAAUCGAAGAAGUCGCCACACUGGUCGAUGAGCUCUCCUCCAGCAACCUGGAUGUGCAGAGGAAAGCUGUCAAAGAAAUCCGCAUGCUCUCCAAAGAAAGCCCCGAAAACAGAGUGUCGAUCGCUAAGAAUGGAGCAGUUCGCCCGUUGGUCAACCUUCUUCCUUACCCAGAUUCCAAAAUCCAAGAACACGCCGUGACUGCUCUGCUCAACUUAUCAAUUGAUGAAAUGAACAAGAGGAGCAUCACUGAAGCUGGAGCAAUCCCUGCCAUCAUUGAUGUGCUUCGGACUGGGUCAAGGGAAGCGAAAGAGAACUCUGCUGCUGCUCUGUUUAGCUUAUCAAUGUUGGAUGAGAACAAGGUGACGAUCGGGCUUUCCGACGGGAUCCCUCCCUUAGUCGACCUGUUACAGCACGGUACUCUGAGGGGGAAGAAAGACGCCCUCACGGCGCUCUUCAACCUCUGCCUCAGCAGUUGUAACAAGGAGCGAGCUGUAGAUGCAGGGAUCGUGAACCCACUCAUGCAACUACUGAAAGAUCGAAACUUGAACAUGAUCGAUGAGACAUUAUCAAUCUUCUUGCUCCUAGCGUCGCACCCGGAAGGAAGGACAGCCAUCGGACAGCUUCCGUUCAUCGAGAUGUUGGUGGAGUUCAUUGUCGAUGGGACGCCAAAAAACAAAGAGUGUGCCACUUCGGUUCUGCUGGAGCUUGGGUCCGGUAACCCGCAUUACAUGCUGGUGGCGCUCCAGUUCGGGGCUUAUGACCAUCUGGUUGAGAUUCGAAAGAGCGGGACGGAACGAGGGAAGAGGAAAGCCAAUGCGCUGCUUCAGUUGAUGAGCAAAUCCGAGCAGCUUUGACAUUUUGUUUUCUUGGGAGGGGAGAUUAACUGUUUUUCUUUUUCUUUUUGGGUUCAUGUGUUCAUAUAUCUUUUUCUGUGUGCUUGUGAUUCACUGAUGAUAUCCCUGUAUAUAUAUUGGCUUAUAUACAUGAAGUGGUAGAUUGGGGCAAAGACGGG